AUGGGCCUUGAGAAUUUAAACUUAUCGGUAUUCAAAUAUCCACUUGGCUUCAUUCGGAUCAUUCAAUUUGUGUUCCUGGUGAUCGCUCUUUCGGCAGCAAAUUCAUGGCAUGCCGAGUUGACUUUUCAAUGCAUCGAUGCCGAAAACAAAACUGUAACGCACACCGAGACAACGUCGACUUUCUCAAUGUCAAGUCAUCCGAUCAAGGGUUGUGACGGAAAGCCGACAAAAUUUUGGACAGGAAGCUGGGGAGGAGCCGCGGGUUUCUUCUACUUCACCGCCGUCGUUUCAUUGAUUUUCGUGUUGAUCGUCACUUUUUCGUAUGUUGUCCUUUGGCAAGUGUACUGUAAUGAUAAAAGGAUUCCGUUGGCGGAUUUGGCUGUCACAGCACUUCUUUUUGUGAUUUGGUUCUUUUGCAUAUCGAUUUGGUGGUCGGCAUCAAAUGGAAUCGGCACACAAACAAGUAAAGAAAACGUGGAGGAGAUCUUGAAGAAUAAAGAUAAAGAACAAUUUGGCACAUUUGAAUCGGUGUCGGCGAACAAUGGGAAACUCGCCAUUUCUGUCUUAUCCGGUUGGGUUCUCGUCGCCACACUCGCUCUUGAUUGUUGGUUUAUUUGGAAGGAGGUCGUCCCAAGAAGUGACGAAAAUCCGACUCAAAUCGCU